CGAACUGACGUCAUUUUCAUGCGACCUCGGUAUGUGUACUACAGUCGGCGCAAGUUGCCAGAUUGUGGAAUUGAUUCUAUGUAAAUAACAGUUGUUAACAUAAAUUAGAUCAUUUUACGGAGAUUUACUUAUAUGCAUGGGAUUCACAAGCACACCUUUGUUUAUCCAAUUCACUAGGUGUUGAUAGCUAGCUUGCUAGCUGACGAGUUAGCCAGGUUGGUUGGUUAACACGACACCGGCUUUUCUGCUGCAAGCAGAUUCAUCUUUGACGACAGGGACCGUGUGACGGAGGGCGGCAUGAGUUAUGGGUACGGCUAUAGGGGUGGCCGAAGAGGAGACCGUGACUAUGGAGGUGGGAGCGACGAAAGGUGGGAGCGGGGAGCCGGGUCGAGCGGCAGCGGAUACCCCAGGACUGGGAACUGGGACUCCCGGGAGGACGACGGACAGGGGCGAGGACGGGGACGUGGAGGGGGCUCACGGGGACGCCACCCCGCACAUCUGAAAGGCCGAGAGAUCGGUCUGUGGUACGCGAAAAGGGGAGGCAUCAAGAGAAAAGAGGAGGAGAGAAAGUCGAGAGCUGUCGUCCAAAUGGACGAGUCGAGGGAGCAGCACAUCACCAAACUGCUGAACACGGUCCAGAGGGAGCCGUCCGGAUCUGCAAAGUCUAGUCACGACUCGGCAUCUCAGAGCUGGCGAUCGGCACCAAACCCCAACCAGCACAGCUACUUUGAUGGCGAGGAAGUGCCAAAGGAGGACCCUAAAAUGGAAGUGAAGGAGGUGAAGGAGGAGAUGAAAGAUGAAAGAGACUUGCAGUAUUUGUUCCAGGAUCUGGUCCGAGACAUUGCUGUUGACCAGGAACUGAAGAGAGACCUGCACAAGAAAAGAACUGACACAAAGUACCUGGAUAUGAUGAAAUUCAGAGAGAAGCUUCCGUCAUAUGGAAUGAAAGAGGAGCUGGUCCAAUUGAUCCGGGCCAACCAGGUUCUGGUGGUUAGUGGGGAGACUGGCUGUGGAAAGACCACUCAGGUGACCCAGUUCAUCCUUGAUGACAGCAUCGAGCGAGGAAUGGGCUCCGUGUGCAGGGUGGUGUGCACCCAGCCCCGCCGCAUCAGCGCCAUCUCAGUGGCCGAGAGGGUGUCAGCUGAGAGGGCUGAAACAGUGGGGGGGGGGAAUUCCUGUGGGUACCAGAUCCGGCUGCAGAGCCGGUUACCACGGAAACAGGGCUCCGUGCUGUAUUGUACCACGGGCAUUAUUCUUCAGUGGCUUCGCUCCGAUCCGCACCUAUCAAGCGUCAGUCACCUCGUCCUCGAUGAGAUUCACGAACGGAACCUGCAGUCCGACGUCCUGCUCGGCAUAGUGAAGGAUCUCCUUCGCCACAGAGAUGACAUCAAGAUAAUCCUCAUGAGCGCUACCCUCAAUGCAGAGAAGUUCUCCAAGUACUUUGAUAAAUGUCCGAUGAUCCACAUCCCUGGCUUCACCUACCCGGUGACAGAGUAUCUCCUGGAGGAUGUGGUAGAGAUGCUCAGGUACCGGCCUCAGUCGCAGGACCGACGGCCCCGGUGGAAGCGGCGCUUCAUGCAGGGCCAGAUGUUCCAGCAGGAGAAGGAGCAGAAGGAGGAGGAGUAUCGGGAGAGCUGGCCGUGCUACGCCCGCACGCUGAGGGAUAGGUACUCUGACAGCACCAUUGAUGUCCUGGAGAUGAUGGACAACGACGACAAAAUCGACCUGGCGCUGAUAGUGCAACUGAUCAGACACAUCGUGCUGCAUGAAGAUGAAGGUGCUAUCCUUGUUUUCUUACCUGGAUGGGAUGACAUCAGUGGUUUAAAUGAUCUCCUCAUGGCCCAGCAGAUGUUUAAGUCAGAGAACUUUAUCAUCAUCCCGCUGCACUCCCUGAUGCCGACGGUCAACCAGACCCAGGUGUUCAAGAGGCCCCCGCCAGGCGUGCGCAAGAUCAUCAUCGCCACCAACAUCGCCGAGACCAGCAUCACUAUCGACGACGUGGUGUUCGUGAUUGACGGCGGAAAGAUUAAAGAAACACACUUCGACACCCAGAAUAACAUCAGCACCAUGACGGCCGAGUGGGUCAGCCUGGCCAACGCAAAGCAAAGGAGGGGCCGUGCUGGCAGGGUGUCCCCCGGGAAGUGUUACCACCUGUAUAAUGGCCUCCGUGCCAGCCUGUUGGAUGCCUACCAGCUGCCCGAGAUCCAGCGCACCCCCCUGGAGGAGCUGUGUCUGCAGAUCAAGAUCCUCAAGCUGGGCAGCAUCGCCUCGUUCCUGCAGAAGGUUCUGGACCCCCCCUCGGAGCAGGCUGUCCAGCUGGCCAUCACCCACCUGAUGGACCUGAACGCCCUGGACCGGGACGAGGGGCUGACGCCGCUGGGGGUGCACCUGGCCCGCCUUCCAGUCGAGCCGCACAUCGGGAAGCUGAUUCUGUUCGGCGCCUUGCUGGGGUGUCUGGACCCGGUGCUGACCAUCGCGGCCAGCCUUAGCUUCAAAGACCCCUUCUUCAUUCCGCUGGGCAAAGAGAAACUGGCGGAUACCAGGAGGAGAGCCCUGUCAAAGAACUCCAAGAGUGACCACUUGACUGUUGUCAACGCCUGCCUCGGCUGGGAGGAGGCCAAACAUCGUGGCUAUAAGUACGAGAAGGAUUUCUGCUGGGAGAACUUCCUGUCUGCCAACACCCUCCAGAUGUUGCACAACAUGAAGGGUCAGUUUGCUGAGCACCUGCUGGCCACAGGAUUUGUCGGAAGUAAAAACCCCAGAGACGCUGCAUCCAACGUGAACUCCGAAAACGAGAAGCUCAUCAAAGCUGUCAUUGUGGCCGGCCUGUACCCCAAGGUGGCCAAAAUCCGACCCAGCUUCAGCAAGAAGAGGCCCAGGGUUAAGGUAUACACCAAGAACGACGGCAAGGUGAACAUCCACCCCAAGUCUGUAAACGCGGAAGAGGCCGAGUUCCAUUAUACGUGGCUCAUCUAUCACCUGAAGAUGAAGACCAGUAGUAUCUUCCUGUACGACUGCACGGAGGUGUCCCCAUUCUCGCUGCUUUUCUUCGGUGGGGAAAUCUCCAUCCAAAAGGACCAAGACCAGGACACCAUUGCUGUGGAUGACUGGAUCGUGUUCCAGUCCCCAGCGCGCAUCGCCCACCUGGUCAAGAAACUGAAGAAGGAACUGGACACUCUGCUUGAGGAGAAGAUCAGAAACCCGCAGCCGGUGGACUGGAGUGAGUCGAAGUCUAAGGACUGUGCGGUGAUCUCGGCCAUCAUCGACCUCAUCACCACGCAGGAGGGGGAUGCUGGCUAUGACAGAGGCAUGCGUGGGGGGGACAGAUACGAUGAUUAACACUGCCCCCCCUCCCCCCUCCCCAGGUAUCUGUCACAAACCCCUAAUACAUAACUUAUUUUGGAAAAGACUGUCGCAUCCAAACAUGUCGGAAGAUGCAACACGAGAUUAUCUGAUGCCUUUUUUAGU